AACAGCUCCUGCUGCACGCUCUACUGGUGGUCGCUGACUAGCAUCAUCCGCAAAGAACUGAGGCUUUCGGCUUGUCUCACACAAGCCUGGCCUGUACUGUUCCGCGGCAUCUGUGUACUUUUUGUCUAUCAUUCCACCACCGUCCCCUGACACCAUUUCCAUCAUCUGCGAAAGCCGCUGGAACCUAGCCACAGCUAUCGGAAGGCCAUAAGCAUGGCUAGUCCACCGGGGGACAGGCUAGGCCUACACCGGAAACGAGAGACGGACGGUCCAAUCGAUAUGAAGCGAUACAUGAAGCAGCAGAAACGAGCCCUCGAAAACAAACCCCAGCUAGCCGCGCAAUACCUAGCAAACCGAGUCGACUCACCUUCUGCGGCUAAAAGAAGGGACAAUGGACUGCCGUCUCAACCGCGAAGCAGUGAAGCAACCGUCAAGCCACUCGAACGGGAUCCGGAGGAAACCCUUCAGCAGAAUUCAAAGCUUCGGAAAUUGCUCGAGGAGGAGCGGAGGCGCCGCACAACGGUUGACGAAGCAUCACGGGAGCUGCAGAUGACGUUGCAUAAGAAGCUGGAGGCCCUGGAGAGACGGCUGGAUGAUUCCCAAACGGCGCAAACCCAUGAAUGCGCUAGAUGGCGUUCAGAAGAUGAUGCCCAACUCCAACAUCGUGCUCAGCUCGAGAAAUCCCUGCAACUGAGGGACGAGGCCUGCCAGUCGCUGGCAGUUCAAAUCGAGGAUAUUCAAAAGCAGUUUUCGCAGGAGACGAGCGCCCGGGAAGGUCUACAAGAGCGGUUCCAUCUUUUCCGCGAUGAGAUUCAAAAUACUCUUAACGCGCAACGCUGUCAACCGUUUCCCGUGGCGCAGGAGACACGCGAGCCUGCGGGGCAAUUUGGCACCCAUGAAGAUUCGGUAGCAAGGCUGGAGACCAGAUUGACGGAAAUUGCAUCCCGGGGGCGGUCGGACACCGAAAGAGAUAGAAUUAUAGAGCCGAUGAAGCCAGUGUUAGCCGCGCUGAGGGCGGUCAUGUUGAAGUCGCAGUCGAUCCAAACGUUUGAGAGAACGACUGCGCUUCCGGAACCACUGCAGCGGCUGAACUGCAGUCAUGAAACGUGCGAUGCAUCUGUGCAGAUGUCUUCUGAUGAGCGGCGCGAGCUGCCAACGCGACUCAACGAUGUUCAGAAGACAGUGAACAACCAUAGCACUUGGCUCUUCCGGCCGCAACUUGAUACAGAGAAACUAGGGCAGGGCGCACAGCAAGAAAAGACUGAGAGGAGCUCUUUGGAGAGCAUAUCGGCAAAAGAGGCAAAACAGCUAGCACCACGUGUGGACCAGGGCAUUCAGGUUCGUAUGCCCGACAUCGAGGCUUUGGAAUCAAAAUUACUUCUCCUUUCAUCGACUUUGGAUGAGCUGCGAAAGAGCAUCAGCACGAUCGGUGAACAGAUGCUGGACUGGAAACACCAGCGAAUGCAGGAUGAUAGCUUUUUGCGCAACGAGUGGAGAGCCUUCCGGGACGAGAUGAGCGAUUCACGUUCAACUUGCAAGCGGAAAAUGAAGGAAAUGGCGGGCAUUACGGCUACCGCACAAGAAGAACGGAAGGACCCCAACAACCAAAGAGAUUCCACGCAUCCGACGGCAGCAAUACAGGUCUCCACCGACGAUUGGGAAGCCCUCCGCAACCAGGUAGAAGAUGCCUCGCAGAGAGCAGAGAAGACGUACAAUCUCAUGACCCAAUACAAUGAAUACAUUCGUCUCUACGUGCGGGCGGAGAACAAGAAGAUUACGGAGAAAGAGUUAGGGGAACAGGUUCGUGCGUUGGAGAAAGGGCGCCGAGCAGCUAGCGGAGGACGUCAGCAGAAAGCCACUGCGCAAGAGCAGGCACCGCCCGAAGAAGAGCAGGAGAAAACGCGUGAGCGAUCGCAACGGCGCGGACGGGGGGAUGAAGAGACACCUUGAUGGGUAAUACGCGCUGGUCGGAGACUCGUAAGCUCGUCGAGUCGCCCUACGAGUGCCCAGGCGACAUUUCCCGUUCUUUCCUUCAACAAUCGACUGGCGGAUCCGUUCGCAUAUCUGAGGCGUGUCGUAUUCUGCGAUGAAGCAGCGAGGAUCCGCACGCGUAGCAAUACCGGAUCCGUGAGCAAGCGCUUGAGCAUGUUACGCCUAGCCACUGGCGUGUCGUCAGGAUUCUUGUGAACACCCUCAGAUCAACCGGUUCGAUCAGCAACUAAACCCGAAUACCUUAUCCCUCCCUCAGCCACUGAGCAUUCUCCCGCGCAUUCCUUCGCUCCGGUCCGUCCAGGCCCUCUCCCGACGCUUA